AUGGAUAGUAAAAGCUACUGUAACUUCAUGGACAAGUUGUCCAUCUACGACUCACAACAUGUACAACUGACUAGGCCUUUCGGUGGGGACCCUUUUGUCACGUUUCAUGUGUACCCUGAGACACCUACCCAGUUCACUUGCUCUGAGGAUUUGCCACUACUUCCUUUUACAUCUGAGGAGUUGAUCACAGAGAACUUCUGUACUGAUCCUUGCAACUUUCCUUACCAAGUGGCCCAGGCGAAUUAUGGCAGAGGUGACUAUUCUUAUGGACCAGCUUUCAUCAGAAAGAGGAAUGAAAGGGAAAGGCAGAGGGUUAAGUGUGUCAACGAAGGAUACGCCAAACUCCGUCGUCACCUGCCUGAGGAAUACUUAGAGAAACGGCUCAGCAAAGUAGAAACACUUCGAGCUGCAAUAAAAUACAUUCGCCAUCUACAAUCUGUUCUGUACAGUGAUUCUGCAGUGACAGAGAAGAAUAACCUGGAACUGGGCCAUACUUCCAAGGCAAUUGCCAGAGAGAUCCAGUUUUGAGGACUAUCUGAACUGCUCCAGGGAAGAAAAAUAAUCACAGCUGAGGCUAACAACAAUCACAUUAUUGGUGACACAAAUAUUUCUGUGAAACUGACACAUUUUAUGAACUGUACAAGGCACACAUCUCUACCAGUCUACUGGGGAAAGAGUUUAAAUUAACCUACAGGGGAUUACACUGAGAUGAGAAAUACUAAUCUACAGGAAAAUUAAAUGUAAACUCUUUUAGUUAAUUCAUGGAAAUUAGAAAAAAAUCCUUUAACUUUGUUAGUUGGAAAUCGAAAG